CUGAAGCUCAUGCAAUUUAUAAUACACGGCAUUCCAUUGCCCACCUGAAGUGUCUUUAAAUGCCCAACGCUAAAAAAAAGUUAAGUACCACAGUACGUCAUCUACUCAUAUUGAGCAGUUCCCAAUACUCUACGAUAACCCAUGAAAAUUGGUAUAGGGAAAUAUCAAAGGGCAAUAAAUUCUACUUGUAUCAUCACCAAAGAAAAAUGGAAAAGAACCCAAGAACUCUCUCUCUUUAGUUAGUCUUCUCUCUCUCUCUCUCUCUCUCUCUCUCUCCAGACCAACUCCAUUAUUCACACUUUUCGCACCGUGGGUUCUUCUCCUUCUUCUUCUUUCUUCUUGGGUUUGUGUUGUGAUCAAUGGAAGAAUACAGAUCCAAGUCAUGCAGAGAUGGAAGAAUGCAGAUGGAGAGCUACUAUGGAGGGAGGCCUGCCCCAACAAGCAUGCUUGAUCUGAGGAGUUACAGUGCCAAUUAUGCAGGCUCUUCUUCUUCUUCCACCUCAAACCCGCCAACGCUCAUGCCCGGCAAGGAGGUGAAGAUGAAGAAGAGCAAGAGUAGGGUCGGAUCUGCAUCGUCAAAGAGUUGGACCUUCGGCGACCCUGAGCUCCAGAGGAAGAAGAGGGUCGCUAGCUACAAGGCCUACACUGUGGAGGGCAAGAUGAAAGGGUCCCUCAAGAAGAGCUUCAGGUGGAUCAAGAACACGUGUAACCAAGUUGUCUAUGGAUGGUGGUGAUGAUGAUGAUGAUGAU